AUGUUGGCCGCAGAUGCAGGAUACAAUGUGGUCAACACCACCAACGACAAGGGCAAAUACAAGAAGGGAGACCAAGACAAUAUCCUCAUCGAGUUCCUGGAGCGCGGACUCAGUAGCGAGAUUGCCAGCCGUCUCUACAACACUGGUGUUCCUCUGCCCAAGGCGUAUGGUGCCUUCAAGGACUGGUGUGUCAACAUCGAGGCAAAUGCUCUGCGUGAUCAGCUGCACAAAGCAUUGUAUGGGCACUCCACACCACUACCGCCUCCCCAAUUCCGCCUGCAGGCAGCCCCAAUUCCGCCUGCACCCGCCCCGGCCCGACCUGCUGCCAACAAACCGGUUCUAAUGGAAAUUGAUUGCACACAUGCUAGUAGCCGCAAUAUCAUCUGCUACAACUGUCAGCAGCCCAGGCACAUUGCGCGGAACUGUCCGGAACUGAGGAAGAAGCGCACGUUCUUCAAUCGGGCCACGAUGCUUGAAGAGAUCAAGAACGGGGACAAGGACAACGAGUUCCUCAAGGAGAUUGCCGAGAAGCUGCGCAAGAAGGGUUUUUGA